CAUCUUCUUGCACUGCAACAUCACCAGUUUAGUUGGAGAUACGAAAUCAUCUAGUAAUCUAGCAACAUUUUGUUGUACAGAACAGAAUAUUGUUAUUAUUGCAAACACGUAAAAUUUAUUAGUCUCUGAAUAGUCUGACUGUGGUCAACAACCACUUUAUAAAUUGUUAACUAGUGUAUGCAUAAAGAAUGGUGCAAAUAAAUGCAAUACAAUUAUUGACACUUUAUUAAGUAAUUUUGUUAACUUCCCUAUUCCUGGAAUAAACAGUGACGAUAACGAAGUGACAAGAAGAUGCGUUGUUGUUAUUUGUAAGUGACUCAUUUAUUUACCACGCCUGUUUAACUUACUGACAAGAUUCGUUGGUGCGAUGGUUAAUACAUUGUAGUAAUGUUUGAUAAGUGAUAUGGUCCGGAGAACUGAUAUCGAACGACUGAUAACGUUUGUUUGGGCGUUGUUGUUGAUUGUAAGCAAGUGUCAAAACACGAUUAAUAAAUAAUACAUAAAACAGUCUGAUUAAUGUUUACUGAAUAGCUGAUUCGUUAGGUCAAAUGAGUUUAUUAAUUUGUGUUUAAAUGCCUGAAAUUAUCCUCCUGCAACAUUACCAACAAACAAACCAUUCCCUAAAUGGCAGAGUGUAAAAAAUACCCAGAGAAAUAUGUAAAACGUAAAGUGGGAGUUAUUGACACGUAGGUUUACAUAAUAAUGAACUUGUAAACGUGUUAGUUUGCCAGACAAAAGUACUCAAUAAAAUAUACGCUUAUUGUUUUUAAUGAAUACUCAAUACGUAAAAAGUCGGAACAAAUAGAAACAGCAAUUAUUAGACAAUUGACAAUUUUGGAAAGUGAGUGUACUUAUGCAAGCAAGCAAGAUAUUGGCUCAAAUAUUUGGAAAUCGUUACGGGUGCUAUUGAUAAAAUUGCCAAAAACCUCAAGACAUUAUGCAAUGCAUUGUGAAACCAAAACAGUUUAGAGAAGACUCCUUGAAUCAAGGAACGGCUUGUGUAACUCGUAAUAAGUGAUGGUGGUACUACUACUACUCCUCCAACCCUGAAAUUUUGACCGGUUGUUGCACAUACCCAACCGUGAAAGAAGAAAAUGUCAGAACCAGUCAGCAUUCCAUCAUCGACGAGUAAUACCAGGGUCACUCCGAAGACGGGUGGUGGCAGUAUUUCUCACUCACCGCAGCAUGAAAAUAGCUCCUUUCAUGGUAGCCACUUGUCCAGAAACAACACCAUUCACAGCCACACUUCCUAUUCUUCGCAUUCUCAAACCCCACAGUACCAUUCCUCAAGUACGUCGAGUAACUGUGUGGCUGCUGCGACAACAAUACCGGCGACGACGUGUCCCUACAACAACGUCAACAACAUGACUCCAUGCAGCAGCAAGAUGACGGGUCUUGUGACCUCUUCUUCCUCUGAUUUUUCCCAUUUGUUAGCAGAGCUGAAAAGGAAGCCAAGUUUGCACGUUCUUCCAAAGUUUGGGUCACAUUCUCACAAUAACGGUUCCUCCGAAUCACUCAACAAGAGUCCGCAUUCCCCAGAUUUCUCAUCGCUUGACAGGGAUAAUUGCGCUUAUUGGAACACCGUAUUGAAGAUGAAAAUACCGUUUUUUCGCAAAUUCUUGACAGGUUCUGUGGUGGGCGAGGAAAAUGCAGACGACAGCAAGGAGCUGUCUUACAAAGCGCAGAGGAAGAACUACCGCAAGGAGAAGCAGAGAGUGGCCAAGGAGCUGACGACCGCGUUGAUGAAGGAUCGUAGAUUUAAGGAUCCUCCUCCAGUUGAUUUCGUAGGGGAUCCUUCCAUCACAAUCUUGUCCGGAACACUCAAAGUCCGGGGCAAGCUUAAGGGUUGGACAAAACUCUGGGCCGUCCUCAAACCUGGUUCUCUCCUCUUCUACAAGGGGAAAGUUAAAAGUAGUCACUGGGUCGCCACGGUGCUUUUAAGCUGUUGCAAAGUCAUUGAGAGACCUUCGAAGAAAGACGGGUUUUGCUUCAAACUUUUCCACCCCCUUGAGCAGUCCGUUUGGUCAACGAGGGGUCCAGGUGGAGAAACGAUUGGUGCCGUCGUACAACCCCUUCCGACGACAUACCUGAUUUGCAGAGCUCCCACGGCCGACGAGGGAAAGUGUUGGAUGGAUGGGCUGGAACUUGCCUUAACGUGUUCGUCCCUGCUCGUUAGGUCACCGCGUACAAGUGAUACAAUGGAUACAAGUCAUGAUGCAGAAUGGUGCCCUUCGGACGCAGAAGAAAAUAACCGGACUCGAAGUAACUCUGAAAAAUCGGACAGUGACACCUCUCACAUUGAAGAGGCUAUCGAACAUGAUUCUGAUGAUGACGACAUGUAUGAUGAGAACGAGGACAGACCAGCCAAACAAAGUAUUGACGACCCCAUGAGCGCGCAGGGCUUGCGAAAGCGAAGAAAACGGUAUGAAUCUAAUCAGCAAAGUUUUGAAGAGACGACUCCAGCAGAAACAUGUUAUGCCCACAAAGUUGAGGAGGAGUUUGCUCAUACAACUGGAGAGCACUCAGAAGUUUUGGGAGAUGAAAACAAAUCCUUGCUUUGGUUCCUUGUAAAACAAGUGCGGCCUGGAAUGGAUUUGUCUCGUGUUGUGCUCCCGACCUUUAUAUUGGAACCUCGGUCAUUUCUCGAUAAACUUACGGACUACUACUAUCACGCCGACUUACUUUCUCAGGCCGUGCUAGAAGAUGACGCCUUCAUUCGUAUGAAAUCCAUCCUUCGCUGGUACCUCUCAGGUUUCUACAAAAAACCAAAAGGACUCAAGAAGCCUUACAAUCCGAUCCUUGGGGAAACUUUUAGAUGCUACUGGGAACAUCCAACGGGUUCUCGAACCUUUUACCUUGCAGAACAGGUUUCACACCACCCACCAGUUUCUGCAUUUUAUGUCAGUAACAAAAAAGAUGGCUUUGUCAUUUCUUCUGCCAUUUUGGCAAAAUCCAAAUUUUAUGGAAACUCUACUUCUGCUAUUUUGGAAGGACAAGCCACGCUGACUUUGUUGCCAAGAGGGGAGGCUUAUGUCAUGACCAUGCCAUACGCUCACUGUAAAGGGAUUUUAGUGGGGACGCUCUCUAUGGAACUUGGUGGAACAGUUUCGAUCGUUUGUGAAAAAACUGGCUACUUUUCUGAGCUUGAAUUCAAGUUGAAGGGAUUUCUGGGUCGAUCUGAUACAACCAACACUAUUUCUGGUAAGAUCAAGCUGGGUCGGGAAACAGUAGCAACAGUUGAAGGCCACUGGGACAACAAGAUUGUAAUGAAAGAUAGGCAGACCGGGUGUGAAGAAGUGCUUUGGGAAGUAAAUGAUAAAAUUCGAGCACGACGCCUUAAACGGUACACUGUUCCUUUGGACAAGCAAGAGCUGAAUGAAUCUGAGCGGAAGUGGAUUAAAGUGACCGAGGCAAUUGUUGAGGACAACCAGGAAGCGGCUACUACAGAGAAGACCAAGCUGGAAGAUGAACAACGGAAAGCGGUAACUGCAAGAGUAGCCACAAACAGCUCAUGGGUCCCGAAAAAUUUUCUAUACGAUGGUAAUACAUGGCGUUACAAGUUUGAGGAUUUGAGACCAUGGGAUGUUGGAAAUGAUCUGAUGGAGUUUGAGCGUGACUACAUGGUUCAGGUUCACCAACGCCACAAGACUCCCAUCAUGAGGGCGUCCUCUCUGAUUUCCGUGGACAGCAAAGUAAAGACUUUAUUUGAGAAUUUGUGUAACUCUGAAGACCCUGCAAGCGGAAGCAAUCCUCUUUUGGGGUCUUCUUUGUCCAAUAGCUCGCCAUCCCCUGACUCUGAUGAAGCCUCCGGUUGUGAUAUUAGACGGGACAUUCCACCAGAUCAAGUUGUUCCUGCGUUCCAUCAAAGGGAAAGUAACCGACAGCUAAUCGACCUCUUGCGACAACUUUUGGCCCGACAAAUUCAACAGUCCGAACAAAUAGAAGAGCUCCGAACUACCGUGGCAAGCAUCCAAGCGAAAUUGGCAAAACCCAAACUCCCCAAGGAUCCAUUUCCAGUGACCAAUACAGUUCUCGCCGUGGUUUUCGCCGUAGCUAUGCAAGUCCUCAUGAUUAUCUAUUGGUUUGGAGACGGGAAGCUCAUGCCAGAUAUUAGCAGAAGAAAGAUGUAGAAACUUAAGCGCUACUUUCACCAUUUAUGGGUUAACUGCAUUACCUCACCGCCACUACCUCCUUUAUGGAUCUGAUUUUUGUAACACAUUCUGAUUAACUGGAGCUUUAUUCAUUUCCAAGAGAUGAAAUUGUAAUCUGUCAUUUCACUAUACAUUUUGUAACCAACUAAAUUCCUAGUAUUGACUCAACUGUUAAAAACAAUGUCGAAAAGAGUUGAUUGAAUUACUUAUUUAUGUUCAAUUGUACACUGCACUAAAUGCAAAAUUAUACAUCGCAUGUGAUAUCAUAGCAUUUGCUGGACUAUUUAUUAUUGUUAUUAUUAUUAUUAAUGGCAUGAUUAUGACAAUGUAAUUUUAACGAUCUUACUUGAUUAUUAUUAUUAUAAUUAUUAUACGAAAUGAACAUUAGUCACUCUCUAACGGAACGAAUAAUGGACAGAGACGCCACGCCCCACAUUCCAUUUAUAUAGUAACUGUUAUCUCAACACUCUAAAGGUAUUUAUAAGUGGUCAAUGGUGACUAUGCGGUUAUCAUCAUAUGUAAAUUUUAUAUUAUAUCGUUUUAGCCUAACAAAUUGCCAUUUGCAAAUUUUUCACAAGCGUUUCUCUCUCUCAAGCCACUUUUUAUUAUCGUUGUUGAGGAAUGGAAAACUGUCCAAGUAGAAAAUUUUACUGCUGCUAACUAGUACAUACUACAUAAUACAAACAUGAUGUCUAUGUAUACACCCACCACCACAUUAUUAGUCGAUAGAACUAGUCAUGUCGCAAUUGAUUAAUUGGCUAAUCCUAAAAUCUUGUUGAAUGUUGUAAGUGUAAGCAUCACUUUUCUGCUUUUGUACAUCUUCUUGUGCAACAACGUUAUUGGGAAUUCUUACUCUCAUACAUAUGCAGGCUCAAAUCUCGACUCUUUCUAAUUCUUAGCAAUGCCAGGACAAUUUUAACUUGAUAAGAUCUGAUUAUUAUGCUUAAUUUUACUUGACUUCAAUAUAUUCUUAUCACACGACUUAUAUUUAUUGUUACGCCGAAAUACAUACAUAAAUUUAAUAAAAAA